AUGCCGUACCGUACAAUUGCUUCAACUGAUUUAGAGAAUGGACAUUUCAGUGAAUCAAUUGAUAUGAGACCGUCUUUUUCAAAAACAAAACCUGGUUCAAAAUGUUCUGUAGAAAAAACAAGUGUGAAAAAACCUAUGAAAAAGAAGCAGAAUAAAAUGAAUGCAUCAUACAGAGAUAAUAUCAAUGAACGCUUGAGAUCAGAAGAUUUUGAUGUUGAGGUAUUUAAUUCGCUAACAUUCAGACAAGGAGAUGGCGUUGUAACAAUAAAGACGCCUUUUGAAGAAAAAGAAAAGGAGCUUUGGGUGAUGAGCCAUUAUAAGGUUGCUAACAUCGAGAAUGUGCCAGUAAAGGACAGAUGGAAGUUCAGUGAAGCUACUGUCAGAUUGUACACGACCGACGAAUCAAAAGAUCAUUCACUUUAUACUGGUGUAGUAAACCGGUGGUAUUACUAA